UUGCCUUAUAGGGAAUAUAUUCUGCCAGAUAUAGCAGCAGUAGCAAUGUUUGAUCUAUUUUGCAAAUCUCUGAAAUAUUUGCCUGUUUUCUUUAUAUUAUCUGCAGGUUUUGAUUGGCUUGACGUCCCUUGUAAUGAAAAGUACCAACCUGAAAAUUGCGACAUUGACAUUAGCCGUAUUGAUCGCCUGCCGCUAGAUGUUUUAGACCGUUGCGGACCUGCUUUGCUUGAGCCAGAAGCUAGAAAUUAUUUCCUGGGAGUAUCAGGGAGGGGAAUUACAUACAAAGAAAACAUGGAAGCCUACAGAAGGGUAAAAAUUGUGCCGAAAGUGAUGCAAGGUGUAUCAAACACCGAAUUGGAAACGACCGUCUUUAGACGAACAUUAGAUUUUCCAAUAGGUCUUUCUCCGAUUGGCUUGCAGAGACUUGCACAUCGUUAUGGAGAAGUAGCUACUGCGGCAGGUGUCAUGGGUUUAAGGACGGUUAUGAUUAUAAGCAGUUAUUCCUCUAUUCCCCUUGAAGACCUGGGAAUAAUAAUCCAAGAUUCUAAAUCUCAGUAUUGGAUGCAGCUCUACAUGUUCAAGAAGAUAGAAAUAACUAGAGAUCUCAUCCAGAAGGCUGUUAAGGCUGGUGUUAGUGCUUUCGUCUUGACUGUAGAUACACCAGUUCGUCCUACUCUGACUUGCAGUGCUGGAAAAGGAUUGGACGAUUUAGGGGUUAGUUUCGCAAACUUUUCCGAUGAGAAAGAGCCAGCCUUAGAACCAAAAUUGUUACCAAGUCACAUUACAUGGGUAACCAGACAAACAAAAUUGCCAGUUGUCGUAAAAGGCAUAUACACAGUUGAAGAUGCAAAGAAUGCAGCAAAUGCUGGAGCAUCUGCCAUUAUGGUAUCGAAUAAUGGUGGUAGGCAAGUCGAUGGAUCCCCGGCUACGCUUGAUAUCUUGCCGAGCAUCGUGAAGGCAAUGAAUGAACAAUUCAGUCCUAAGGACGUGUAUGUUGAUGGAGGCAUUCGAAGCGGAAGCGAUGUUUUCAAAGCCUUAGCUAAAGGAGCUAAGAUGGUAUUUGUAGGAAGACCUCAGAUAUGGGCUGUUGCUGUUGGGGAUUUUGAAGGUGUGAAUAAAAUGCUCAAGACUUUGAAAUCUGAACUAAACGAAACUAUGAUUUUGUCAGGAAUUCGAAAACCAAGUGACUUGAAGCCAAGGCAGCUAAUACCUCCAAACCCAAUAUUUAAUUUGACGGAACAAUCAUGGCCUACAGUUCCUCCUGCUCAUGCGCAAGAUAGUUUAGAAGAACAUAAUUGAUAAGUUGUAAAAUUCAAACGA